AUGCAGCAGCUGUCGCUGCUCUUGUCACUGCAGCUGCUCCUGCUUUUCAGGAUCGCCACCCUUCCGGGGUAUUACACCCAGCUUAGCUCUCUUCGCCACCUACAAGCAUCAUUUGGCCUCGAUCCCGCUACCUCAAACCAAUCCCUACUUUUCGGCAGCCGCAGCCGCGGCUGGGUCGCGAUCGGGCUCCUCCCUGAGCCCCUUGAACUCGUGACGGAUAGCUUCAGCAAUACCUACAACGCCGCAGGGCAGCCGCAGCGCUGUGACGAAAGCACCUUCUUGGCCGCUUCCAUUCAGAUGUUUGCGCUGCCUCGGUUGAGUCAGAGCUUCACGGUGAUAGCCGUCCUGGAGCCGCCACGUCGCGAGGCGGGUUCUCUGCAGGGUGAUCUAAUGACGGUCGGCGGCCUCCGCGUGCAUUGGGACCUGGUUUCUAACGUCAUCCACCUGUUCGCAUCCUGGAACGCCUCCGCCAUAGCCGCCAUCCCCUUACCAGGGCGAUGGAAUGCCAGCGGGUCCUGGCCCUUCAUCACACUCUCGCUUAGCCGCAGGGCAGCUGACGGCGCGCUGGGGGUCUGCAUCAACGGCGCACCGGCGGCCAUUCAAGAUGGCGCUUGCUCUUGGGCUAUGGCCUUCUUUCUGCUCGGGCCCCUGGAACCAGCGCAGGUCUGGCCUUCUUCCGGUUCUCGCAAGCUACCCGGCGGCUGGGUGGCGGGCAACCCGCUGGGCAACGGCUGGUCGCUAUCGGCGGUCGACCGGCUGUACCUAGGUGACCCCAAGGCCGCCAACAGCCUGAACACCCGCCUACAGCAGCUAUGGCUAGUCAAUGAUACGUGGAGCUGUACGGACGUUGAAGCAAUGUUGUCGUACAGCAAUGCGUCGGCUCCGCCGACGGCGCCAGCGGCUGCCGUCGCUUCCACGGCGGCGGCGGCGGUGGCAGUUACGAGGGCGCCGCCUGGGCUUGCGGCGCUGUCCUACCGGAACAGUUUGCCGGCAGUGACACGGCUGGAUGUCACGGUGGCGAGUGGUGGCGGCACGGGGGCGGAUGGAGAGGCGUUUGUCGGGGAGAACGUCACGGUGCUGGGAGAAGUGUACGAUAGCGACGGCGACACGCUGCGAGUACGGCUUACCUGGUACGGCGUCCCCGCCAGAGGUUGCCGAGAGGCUUCGUGCGGUGACGAGGGGCUCGAGGCCAGCGACACCGGAGGGAGGCUGCCGGGCCGCUACACAGUGCGGGUGGAGGCGAGCGACCUGAGCGGCGUGUCGGUAGCCAGGGACGUCCACAUCCUCGUGCGCAAGCUGGGGGACACGACGAGACUCGCCCCGUGCUGCAGGUCCACCGGCAUGGUGAUUGCUGGCCAGGCGGGUCGUCCCGUACACAGCUGGCGGUUCCGGGACGAGGUGGUGACCGGGUUGUCGAGCGGGGUCCUGGGCUGGCAGUCCGAGUACCUGGCGGCGGAGGACCUGGAGGCGGAACGGCUGUUCGACUUCGGAGUGCUGGCGCCACGACACGAACCAGGUGGUCUCGAGCUGUUCCCCUGUGUGGACGCCUUCCUGGCGGGUCCGGGCUCCCCCCGGCUGCUGAGUCCGAGCUGGGGGGGACAGAGCUCGGUCAGCUGGGGACAUGGCAAGAGGGUGCUGGUGGUGCCGCAGGGGUUCAGUUGGGGUCCCGCUGUGUCCGCAACCGCCAACCAGAGCUCCCGACCCGGUUGCGAGCCUCACUGGACCAACUGGGCCGCGGACUCGCCGUACAAGAUGGAAUCGGGAUUCCUAUCAAACGGGACCCGCACCUUCUGCACCUUCGCCUGCACCCCCUCGGGCACCCGCACACUUCAGCAGCUGGCGGGGCUGACCGACCGCCUGGCGGAGGCCCUGGUGGAGCUCAGCUACGGCCGACUGUCCAUGAGCUGGGAGGUGGACGUCACGGACACGCUGCUACUGCCGCAGACCACCAGUUCGGACGCCUUCGGCUACAGCGACACCCCCGUGGGGCCCUUUCUCAGCGCGGCGGGGGUGGACCGGUCGGCCUACCACUCCGUAAUGGUGCUGUCGCCCGCGCCGCCGCGGGACAUCAACCCCGGGUUCACGGCCUGGUCGUCCGUGGCGGCCUCGACCCUGUUCGUGAUGCGCUGCAUGCCGCAGCUCUACUACCUGCUGGACAUGAUGGCGUGUUGCCGGGGGGACUACGGAGCUCAGGCCAGGUGGGACAGGGGACCUAAGGCGGGUAGGGUAGGGUCGGGCGGUGAGGCAGGAGAGCCUCCCAACUCUACCUUCCCCACCUCCACUUCCUCUACCUCCGACCCCUCCGCCUCCGUCUGCGUCGCCGCAACCCCCACCGGCUGUUCGUACACUCUGUGGCCCGUGGACCGUUCCGAGUCACGUGGUCGUCUGAAGGCGCUCACUGUCCGGAUUAGCGACUCGCAGCUGGUGGUGUUGUCCUUCAAGGCGCUGCCCUGGUGGCAGGACGUCCGGCUGGGUCGCGACCCAUGGGACACUGCGGAUCGGGAGAAUCUUGUGCCGGACGAGAUGCGUGCGCCCCUGAGCGGCCUCAGUGUGGAGUACAUGCGCAAGAUGGUCAACAGCAGCAAGGGCUCCUCGCCGUCCUUCAGCAGUCGCGGUCUUCUGGACUUCAACGUGUUCUUCGGCGAGUGGCCCUCCGCGUUGCCGCCCGCACCCGCCAAGCUGCCGCCAAGCCCCGCCAAGAGCGCAUUCGCGCUGCUGAAGGAGGGGCAGGCCUGGCUGCAUGCGGCCACAGGGCUGAUGGUGGUGGCGCAGCAGGAGGUAGAAUGCGACGGACAGGCCGAGGUACCCGUGUACAACUACUCGGUGCCCAACUUCUACGGCUUUCGCGGGGAGAACCCCGGGCUGGAGGGCUUCAGACGUUCCGACUACAGCGGCUACGCGGCUGGGCUGCGCUGCCUGCGAGUGGCGGUGCGGACGCAGGUGCCGCCGGAAGACAGGAAGCCAGGCAAGCUGGCAGUGCGGCUUCGAGUGGUGGGCUCUGAUACGAAUCGCCCGUUGGACCUUCGCGGCUCGUGCGGCUUCCCAUUGCUGCCGCGACUUCAGUUGGUGAUGCCACCGGACUGGGAAGACGUGGAGGCCGCCGGUGCCGCCGGCGGCAGUGGCGGCCUACCGCCGGGCAUCGCGACCGUUAUAUGGAAGGACCCCCGCAACACUACCUUUGCGUCGGGUACUCUGUUCGCCUCAUUGCCGCCGUUCUCAGACGGCUGGGUGCGAGAAGCUUCCGCCGGUGAUAGCCCGGCCUGCGUGUACAGCUGCGACCCGUUGUACCGCGUACGGAUCGCGUCGUACAGUGGAGCUCAAACGCUGGUGUCAGUACGUGUCGUGCAGGUAUCUCUCCGGUACAUGCUCUUGUACGUGUCGUACAGGUAUUACCAGCUGGACGUGAUCACGACCGAGUCCGAGGUAUUGUACGUCCCUGUCGUGGCGCCGUGGAUUGGAUCUGCCGUACUAUCUCAGGGCAACAGUUCGGCGGCAGGCGUUGUUAACGGGGUCAACGACCCAUGGGACGUUGCCUGGGGCCUGCAGCUCCUAGGGGAUGCAGCUGGCAGUCGCCGACUGGACGAGCAGCCCCUGGUCACGUGGGCGGCUGAACAGCUGCCGUACACCGCAUGCAGCCGGCAGUUCACGCUCACGCUGUUGGUCAAGCUUCGGAACCCCGUCGCACGAACCGGCAGAUGGCCCCUGGCUGCGGUCCGGCUGGAUUCAGCAGCAGCAGGCGGCAGUAGCACCACUAGCGGCGCCGCUUACGACGGCCCAACCCUGUGGGUGGUGUGGAACGCCAACACCAACAUAGCCGCGACCUUCCCGACCGCAGCCUUCAGCAGCACCGACGUCAACGGCGUGGCGGCACCGCUGUCGCUGGCUGUGGCGCUGGACCCCCACCGUGAGGCCACCGUGGCCAUGGCCUUGCCGCCGCUGGGGGGCGAGCGGAUGUACCACGUGGUGCUAGUGUACGACCAAGGCCGUAUCGGCGUUUGGGUGGAUGGUGGUGGUGGCUGGCCGUGGCGAGAUGCGGCAUGCGUGCCGCCGAGGGCGGGCGUGACGUAUUGUAAGGCGUCUGAUGGCGGCGGCGGCGGCGACGGCGGUGGCGCCGAAGCAGGUGGCGGUGGACCGCAACGCCCCGCAGCUCAGAGCGGUCCCCUGCAGGGCAUCAGGUGA